AUGAGUGAGGAUCAGUCGGUUAAUCAAAGUGUUGAGGAAAUUGAUGAAGAGCUUCGCAAGAAAAUUGCUUUAUACUAUCACCCACUAUUCCAGGCAUCUCUAGCCCAGUGGAUAAUUCAGAUGCAAACUAAGAAUUAUACGACUUUAUCAAUGGAGCAGUACAGAGACUUAAAUAUUCGAAUUCAAAAAUCUCUCAUUCUUGACUUUGACUAUGAUGCUGCAGCUUCUUCAGCUUUUGAAGAUUGGAAAAUCGAUAUUGAGAGGGAAAAAUUUGAUCAAGAAUUUGAAUCCAAGAAAAAGGAAGAUGACUCAAAUUCUCCAUCUCCUGAUAAAGUGAAAGACUAUAGCAAAGAGACUCUUGAUUAUGAAAGACUAUCUGAAUUCUUCUUUGAUCUCUGCUUAUCUUGGUGUCAGCAUUUAGACAUUGAGACUUUCUUAUACUUCUUAAAUGGAGUUUUUCUAAAUAUAACAACUGGUGCUCAUAUAAGCAUAAGUAAUUUCAAAUAAACUCGAAAAUAUAAAUGUUCUCUCUAUUGGUUUCUUUGAUACCCUCAUUAAGUACAGAACUGAUUUAGAGAAUACUCAAGAGCAGGAUUACAAAGACUGGUAUGAUUGGAACUUCAAGAGAACCCAUGAAAUUGUCAAAAGAGUAGAAGCCAACUUGGCCAAUAUUUUUGAUCCUCAGGAUAAGAGAGCUUUCGAUAUAUGGAUGGACAUUCCAGAAAACAUUGGCAAUAGCUAUAUAGACUCUCAUAUUGAAAAGCUUGACAAGCAGCUGAAGAAUAUGAGCAAAAUCAAUCAGAAAGCGGAUACAAUGGCGAAGACAAUUACAAAUAUUGACACUAUUAAAAGGAUGUCAGCAAAGGCAGAGAAGCCAGGGAUUUCAUAUCCAAGAGAAUUUGAUUUAUACCCUCGUAGGGAUGAUUCAGAGAUCCCUGAAUCUCAAAUAGGCAGACAAUACAAAGAGUCAACUACUUCAGUAUAUCAGCAAGAAGAAGUACCUCAAAAAUUUAAGAAGCAGAAAUAAAUUUGAAAAAUCAGUUAUUGCAACUCUCCCUCAAGAAUAUAAAAAUGCCAAGCUGAUUGAGAUCACAGAGACUUCUUACUUAAUAAGAAAUGAAGUCAAGCUCCCUAUCUUUGGGCGACAAAUCCAAUUGAACGAGAGGGACAGAGGCAAGAAGGAUAUCUCACAACUAAUGCAAAGUCUUUUUUGGAAGAAAGGGACUAGGCCUGUCUCUCAUUCCACCAUCAAAGAGGAAGAAGAAAAAUUAUUUUCAAAACAGAAGGGAAAUAUUGACCUUAAGGCUGAAAAUGUUGAACAAGAUUCAAUAAAACCAGACCAAAUGGAACCAAAAGAGGAAAAGAAGGACCAAGAAGAGGAAGAAUGUGACGAAAGCUAUGAGCAGAUAGAAGUAGAUGUACCUCAACCAGGGGAUCCUGAAUAUGAAAAGAUCCAAGAUCAGAAUCAAGCAAUCAAAAGGCUUAUCAUCAAUGUUGAUAGCCUUAUCAAAAACUUUAAUGCACAAGGUAACCAGCAGGCUAAAGAUGAAUUGGAAGAAAUCAUUAGACAAGAGAUUGAUAAAGAAAUGCUUUUGUCCCCAAAUGAAAAGAAAACUAUUGAAGUUCUUGUCCUUGAUUAUCUCCAGAACAAUAAAAGUGUUCUAGAUCUCAUCAGUUUAGCUAAAUUAGAAGAAGAUUUCAAACUUCAACAAGAAUUUGAUGGUGAUGAAGACAGCGCUCGUAGAUCUGAAGAUAAGCAAAUGCAAGAGUUGAAUUGGAGACUUCCUGAUACUCAACAAUAUAUGGAACUAAUUGCUCAAAGAGUGCCAAAUAAGUAUGAAACAGUUACCGAGAUCAAGUAUAAAAUACCAAUGAAAUGGACCAAAAAGUUCAAUGUCGAUGAUAUCGUCCCUCAUAAAGAGAAGCUUAGUAGUGCUAUUCAAAAAGAAGGAGGAAUGGUCAAUAACUACAUGAAGAUGAAGAGAAAGAAGCUUAUGAAAAAGAAAAAGUCUGGCAAAAUCUCUGAAUCUGUUCAUCCCGCUCUAUCCAAAGUACAAACAGAGUUCAUGCAAGAAAUCUCAACUCCACAGGAGCAUCUAAGGCAAACAGAUAAAGAUGAUAUUGGGCAAGUUGAGGAAGAGAAAAAGUUGCCAAAUGAACAAGAGAUAAAGGCUAAUGAAACAGAUGGAUUUGAUCACCUUCAGGGAGAGUCAAUGUUCCAAAGCAAAGAUCAGAAAAAUGUUCCUUUGUCCAAUACAAUGCUGAAGGAAUCUCUAUCUAGCAGGAAGGAAAGCCCUAUGAAUGAGACAACUGAGGCGAUUAAUUUCCCUAAGCCUGAUAAAAGUGAGGAAUCAAAGACAUUACUUCAGAAACAUAAGCAAUUAGCUCCUAUUCAGAGGGAAAAAGAGAAGAAUAAACAGAAUAUGGAGAACUAUACAGAACAUGACAUAAUCAAUGACAAUAUAAAGGAUGAUGAUGACUAUACUCCCCAAGUAGAGUCUCCGAGGAGUGAGGUCCCUUUUGAUGCAAGAUCUCGUGACUUAACAAAUGCCGAGGUUGGAUUAGACUAUUCUCAAAUCAAAGCUCAGUACAAACCUGAACCAUAUAAUAUUGAUGAAAUUGAGCACUUAUUUAUUGAAGGAAAGAUUCCUAAAGAAAUUUACAACAUUGAAGACCCAAUGGAAUACAACUAUUUGCUCGUGAAGCUCAAGAAGGAGUUUAAUGACAAGACUAGAAGUGAGUUCCUCAAAUACAUGAACCUUCAACUCCCUUACAAUUCAAGGAGAGAUGAAGUCGGAGGCGUCAUCACUGAUGAUGAUUGGACUGACUUUGUUGUAAGAAUGCAGAAAAUGAUCAAAAGAGUUAGAAGAAAGAGAAGGAGAAUCAUCAGGAGAAGGAAAAAGAAAGGAAAGAAAUUAAUGCCAAGGAAGACAUUAUUCAAACCUAAGAAGAAACCAAACCUUGCUAAAGACCCUCUUUGGAGAGAGGUGUUCCUUGAUGAAGAUUCUGAAGACUCAACUGUUGAGGAUACUGAUAUUUUCGAAAGAUCUGAAGAAGGAUUUAAAGUCAGGCAAGAAAAGCCAAAACCUAAAUUCUUUGAAAGAAAAGAAAAAUUUAAACUUCCAGAUUUAUACAAACCACUAGUCAAUGAGUCCAAAAAGAUACAUAAAGAGAAAGAAUAUACAUUUAAGUCUCAUUUAAAAGAUCAGAUACCCAAAAAUCCAACUAGCCCUCUAAAGGGCAGUCUAAAGAAUAAGAAAUUACUGGAUGAGAGCCCAGCUAGAAAAUACUUCAACCUUCACUUUGUGAAGCAUGGGAACAAAGUGAUUAAGAAUGCUCCUAAAAAGAUCUAAUUUCAA